UCUGAUUCUUUAGCAAGUCUACUGUUGUGUAUUUGCACAACAGAGUUUUGACUUAUUUUCGUGUGUUCCGAGUGUGUUUUUAUACUUAUCUAGUAUCACUCAUUUAAAUGGGAAGCUUUUUAUAUCUUGUAUGUUAUACAUUUUGUACCCCUCUGUCACUGUAUUCAUCGUUUUUAUUGUUAAUAAACAAACCACAUCCAUCCCCCACACUUUUGAAAAGCUUGCUACGCCCCUGCCCUUACGUUCCCCUGUGCCUUCAAUUUAUAGCAAUAAUGAGCAGAAAACAGCAUGCACUCAGUGAAUGAGCUGCUUUAGUGAGAGAGAUGAAUGGCGUUCAUACUGGGAAUACGAGGGGCCAACUAUGCCAGUGGCACCAGAGCCCCCAUCUCUAGUGAUGCCCCUCCCAACUGGUCGGAAACACCGUCAAUCACCAGCCAUCACUCGCCGGCCCAGUCCGCAGCGCUCUCCUGGCAGGCAGCGAUUAAUGCAGCCAGACAAUCUCAGGGCACCCCCAAAACCAUGAACUUCUCUGCGGCUGCAAGCACUGCUCCGGCCGGCUUGCUCGCCCUGACUCUCAAUAAUCCUGUGCGCAGAGCGUGCAUUAACCUAGUGGAGUGGAAACCUUUUGAUAUCUUUAUACUGCUGUCAAUAUUUGCCAACUGUGUGGCCUUAGCUGUUUACAUCCCCUUUCCUGAAGACGAUUCCAACUCAACUAAUCAUGAUUUGUGCUGUCGGAUAUCCGAUCAUCCACGUAGCAACCUCCACCCUCGGUGACAUCAGUGAUGAUGACAGGAACUCUGGGGAGUAUUACAGCGGAGAUGAGUUUAAUGAAGAUGAUGUCAUGCUGGCUACAGACAGGUCAUACUUUCAGGACACUUUAAAUGAUGGUGCUUCAGCUGGACAACAGGAUGCAUGUUAAUGCGUCUGUGAUGAUGGUGAGCAGCUCAUAUCCCAGCAGCCCCAGAAGUCAUCAAAACGACUCCUGCUGUCCACAGCUCAAUGUGAGAUAUUAGAAAAUGAUUAUAAACUUUUUAAAAGGUCACACUGAGCAACUUCCAAACUACUUUUAACUGAGAACUAGCAGUACUUUGGGAAUAAACAUCAGACUGAAUGGUUCCUGAACAAGCUGUGAAGAUCAGUGGAUAUAUGGUUAUAAUAUGGGUCCUUCACUACCAUAGAGCAAAAAAAAUAAAUAAAUAAACCUUAUACACUAUAUACAUAUAUAUAUAAAAUGUA